AUGUACGUCGCCAAGCCCAAGCAGACGCAGCGCGCCAAGGCGCAGGAGAUCGCGCGCGUGAAGACCAAGAAGGGGCCGACCGUGGAGGAAUGCGUGGCCAAGAGGGACUUCACGGGCGCGUCGGCCAUCCUCGAGUUCAACCUCAAGAGCGACGACGCGUCGGCCGUCACGGGCCCCGCCAAGGCCGAGGAGAAGCGCAAGACGCUGCUGUGGCUCGCCUACGCCUCGUUCCACCUGGGCAACUACCAGCGCGCGCUGGACGCCUACGCGCAGCUGCGAGACGUGGACGACACGCCCGAGAUCUACCUCUACCGAGCGUGCUGCUUGUUCUACCUGCAGAUGUACAAGGAGGCGGCCAAGGAGGCCGAGAAGGGGCCGGCGGGGCAGCUACAGAACCGACUGCUCUUCCACUGCGCCCACAAGAUGGGCGACGAGGACAAGCUGUUAGUCUACCACCAGCAACUCACGGACUCCAAGGAGGACCAGCUGUCCCUUGCCGCGAUCCAUUACUUUAGGAACCACUUCCAGGAGGCGACGGACAUCUACAAGAGGCUGCUGCUCGAAAACCGCGACGAUAUUGCACUCAACGUGUACGUCGCCAUGUGUUACUACAAGCUGGACUACUACGACGUGUCGCUCGAGAUCAUGCAGGCGUAUCUGCAGGCGUUCCCCGAUAGCGUCGUGGCCGUGAACGUCAAGGCUUGCAACCAGUUCAAGCUCUACAACGGAGCUGCAGCCAAAGACGAGAUCAAGACGUUGACCGACAGAGGCUACAACAUCGAGCAGAACGACCUCGUGAGCCACAACAUGGUCGUCUUUGAGGACGGACAAAACGCGCUCCGAGUCUUACCGCAGUUCGUGGACGCCUUACCUGAGGCGAGGCUGAACCUCGUGGUGUAUUACCUCAAGCACGACAAGCUGCAGGAAGCGUACGAUCUCAUCAAAGAUGUGGAGCCGUCCACGCCACAGGAAUACAUACUCAAGGGCGUGGUGCAUGCGACACUGGGGCAGUCCACGUCGUCGAGACAGCACAUCAAGACGGCGCAGCAGUACUUCCAGCUCGUCGGAUCGUCCCCCACCGAGUGCGACACCAUCCCCGGCCGUCAGUGCAUGGCCUCAUGCUUCUACCUGCUCAAGCAGUUCGAGGACGUCAACAUCUACCUCAACUCCAUCAAACAGUACCUCUACAACGAAGACGACUUCAACUGGAACUUCGGCAUCUCGCUCUGCAACACCGGAUCGCACCAAGAAGCGCUCGAGACGCUGCUACGCGUCCAGCAGGAGGAGUACCGCCACGAUUACUGCUACGUGAGCUGGCUCACAAGAUGCUACAUCCUGAAUCACAACCCGUCGGCGGCCUGGGAUCUGUACCUCAAGCUCGACAACUCGGACGACUCGUUCAACCUGCUGCAGCUCAUCGCUCAUGACUGCUACAAAAUGGGCGAGUUCCUGUACGCAGCGAAGGCCUUCGACAUCCUUGAGCGACUCGACCCCGAUCCAGAGUACUGGGAGGGAAAGCGUGGCGCCUGUGUCGGGGUCUUCCAGCGCGCAGUCGCCGGUAAGGCCACCCGCGUGGAGCUCGAGGAGGUACUCAGCAUUCUCAAGGCGAAUAACAACCCACAGGUCGAGUAUAUUGUGCGCAUCAUGAAGAAAUGGGGAGCUGAGAACGGCAUCAACGUCUAA